CUCCGCUGAGUUAGGAGCUGAGUACGGGUUAGAAGCUGAGUACGCCUCAGAAGCUGACUUAGAAGCUGAGUACGACUUAAGAGCUUCGUAAGAAGCUUUGUACUUGCCUCAGAAGCUGAGUACGACUUAAGAGCUUUGUCCGGCAGCUUUGCUGCCUACGACGACGACUGACAAACCUUCGCUUUGUAAGGAGCUAAUUCUGAAGCUAAGUAAGAAUAAGAGUAAAUGAAAACUCCUCAG